AUGGACGUGACCGAGGCCGAGGAUGCGGCCAAGGGAGCUGGAAGCGGCAAUGCGGUGGCAGAAGCGAGCGGGACGACGACGCCGACUAAAGGAGGACCGAAUAAUGUCCCUCCUCCCGACGAGCCAGAAACCGCACUAAUCAGCGUCAGGGUGGAAGAUUUCCGGGACGCCCUUCUGCCGACGGGCUUGCUGCCUGACGUGGUAUGCAUAGGGGCGUACCAGAUCAACCACGUCUGGGCAGUGACCUUGAGUGAUGCGAGUGCCACAAAAAGGCUUCUGGACCUCAAGGAACUCCAAGUGAAGGGACGACGGUGCGUCAUCGUUGACCCCCAGGAUCAACAGGUGAAGCUAAGGCUUCACUGGCUGCUGUACGGUGUUGCUGACGAGGACGUCCGGACGGCAUUCGCGGCUUUCGGCAAGGUGGAGGAGGUGAGCCGGGAGCGGUGGCGCGUCGAAGGCAUGGGAGCGAAGACCUCAACCACCAGGACCGUCAUAUUGAAAUUGAAAAGCGGCAUGAAAGUGGAGGAUCUGCCCCAUCAGAUCCGCGUCGGCGGAGAGUUGGCCUUGGUCGUCGUGCCCGGUCGACCAAUGCAGUGCCUGCGCUGCCACGGCACGGGACACGUCCGCCGUGAGUGCAGAGUCCCCCGCUGUUCUCUAUGCAGACGUUUCGGCCACGUCGACGCUGACUGCGUAAGAUCUUAUGCCACCGUAACAGGCCCAGUAACUUGUGACGUUGCGGCAGAGCACGUCAUGGACGUGGCCGAGGCGGAGGACGCUGCUAAAGGAACUCUAGACACGGUCCCGACAGCGACAGCCAGUGGAACGACGAGUUUGGCCGUAGACAGCAGGGUGGCUGAGACUACCGUGAAGCCGAGUGAGACGGUGCAAGGCGCGACCGCUGAGGGCCAGCCUACGCGGAGCAGUAGCGAGGACCCGCCCGACAACGAUGCGACGGCAAUGCAGCAGGAGGAGGCCGUCCUCGACGGCGACCGGACUUCGACUCUUGGUGCGCCAGUCAAGCGCCCCCAUGACCAGACUAAGGACCGCAACGACGGCGCGACCAGCACCAGCGAAGGGCCGCCGACAAAGACACCUCUUGGGAGGCGCACGAGCUUAAAACCAAAGCCGAAUGUCCCACCUGAGAGAAAGCCUGCGGACAAAGGGCCGCCCACAAACAACGCCGGGAAACCGGGAGGUCCCGGAGGCGGCUAG